CUCGGCUCGACUCGCACGGCCACUCAGCUUCUUCAUCAUACCGCCGUAACUUGAUUCUUCGCCCUGUUCUAUUCUUGUUUCUUCAUCUCUUCCUCGCCCUCGUCACCUUGUUUGUUCUCGCCUGCACACAUUCUCACACAAAAUCACCGCACAGUGAUUCAUCGUUUCGCUCAGUCAUUGUGUCUCCUCGUCAUCGCCUUCGUCGUCGUUGUACUCCCCGCCGCUGUCAUUCCCAAGUCAGUCGAUCACAGGCCGUUGUGCGUGAACGGAUCCUCCCAUCGCCACAAACAGUCUAGAGCGCCGUCACAAUCCACCUCCAUCAGUUUCGGAUCUGUGCCGGCGACCUCUCAUCGAAAAGCUAGUCCGGCCUCGCCGAAAUCACGCAGCCCACACACUCUUCGAACUUACACGCAUACACAUUCAAACACCUGUGCUCUUGCGCGCACACGUACACGCACUCAUUCACCGAGCACACGCACGCAAGCAUCCUCUUCACUGCUUCUCGGCGUCGUUGUUCUCUUUCACGAACCACGAAGCCCGUCCUCCACCUUCAGUCCACUCGUCCUCUCUACCUCACUGCCCUCUCAACACACACAACACGCGCGCACACGUACACACGUUCUGGCAUCCAUUACCAUUCUUGAUGUGUUAAAAAGUCUCCUGCUUUUCGAUCGGCUCGCAAAAGCUCCUUUGAGGUCAGCAGGUCUGCAGGAGUCUUCUUCUUCGCCAACCAUUGCUAUUGUGCGUCCUUCCCAUCUCUCCCUUUCACCUAUCAUCGACUCCUCCAUCCUCGCAUCGCUUGUGUGCACAGUGGCCACGGCACGCGUGUUUUCCCUCCAUUGUCUCCCGCUCAAUUCGCUGUUUGGCCUGCAGUCUACUCCGAAGCUGCUCGCCCACUGCACGAAUCUGCCUACAUUUUGCCGUAACACGGACCUUCGCUCCUCCCCCGCCAAGUUACAUCCUUGUAGCCCUCCGGCAGGUUAUAUCAAGGAAACGACCAGUAAUUAAUCCAUCGUUCGUUCCCGUCCUUCAUCAUGGCCUCCUUGAACACUCCGGGCAACCGCAACAGCACUCCUGUCGAGUCUUCCAGUACCCUGCGUCCCCCCUCUUCCCGCCAGAUCGGUGCCGGACAUCACCUGCGCGCGUCUGCCGACAUGGGGGCCUAUUCCGCGACUCCUCUAUCCGGUCGCAACAUUCGCCCCGCCUCCGAAGUGCUCUUCAAUCAGGCUAAGGCUGGCCAGGGCUCCGGCGCCGCCGACGAGAUGGAUCAGGCGACGCAGCAGUGGCUUGCCGACAUCGAUCAGUACGAGGCCACGCUCGAGGAGAUGGCCACCGCCACUUUGGACCAGGACUUCAAGGACGAGCUUAGCGCCAUCGAGCAGUGGUUCCGUGUCCUGAGCGAGGCUGAGCGCACCUCUGCCUUGUACGCACUGCUCCAACAGACUACUCAAGUGCAGAUUCGCUUCUUCAUCCAGGUCCUCCAGGAGAUGGCUAAGAAUCACCCCAUGUCGAGCAUCCUCUCGCCAUCAGCGUUCGGGCAAAAAGACCCCAUGUCCGCCAAGUUUGAUCAAGCAAUGAACAGGCUAACUCCUGAAGGUUCUCGCAAUUCGCUCGGCAUCGCACGUCCGCCUCCUUCACCAGGUGCCAAGCGUCUCUCACAGCUUGAUCCUGCCGUCAUCAACUCCAUGUUCCCGGAUGCAGCGGCUGCUAUUGCCAAGCAGAAGGAACGCUUCACCCAGGAAACCGGCAUGGCACCCCCUUCAACUCGUAACAGCAUGAUCGGCGACCGAUCAUCCCUCGUGGCCCCAAGCAUCUCCGCGCCCGAGGAGAAAGCGUCUCAGGCGCCAUCCUCACCGUUCGUCACACGCACUGCAGACGCACAGCAGCCACCCAUCGCCCGUCCGAAGUCUUCGUCUGGCCAACAGCAGCAGCCCAUGGGUCAGUUCACGCAACCGCCGCCUUCAGCAGGUCUACGUUCACCACGCCCGCUCGGCCUCUCUAGCGACACUAAUAUCCAGAGCACCACGCUUGAGGCCCCACAGACAAUGGCCGCUGGUUUGCCUGUUCUUACACCGAUUGGUAAUUGGGCAUCUGCUUUGAAUACGCCUAUGGUAGGCAGCUUCCCGAACCAGCAGGCCCAAACAGAUCUCGCCAAUGCUACAGCCAUGAAGCUUGCAGCGCUCUCCACGGUGAACAACCGCAUCCAGUUCGAUGACGUGCGCAAGUACCGCCGUGAACGGUCCAGCGAAGGCAAAGGCAACGGUGCGCCAGCCUCACCAGGCCUCCCCAACGCAAACUUCCUGAUGACCAAUGAGCUCGGACAGACGCAGCAGCUUACACCUCAGCAGCUGGCUGCGCUUCAAGCGCAGCAGAUGGCAGCUAUCAAUGGACGACGAUCGCGGCCUAAUUCACCGGGCGUCAUUAUGAACCCCAUGCCUGGCCUUGCUCUGCCUAGCUUGCAGCAGAAUGGUUUCUUGUCCGCGUACGAUAACAAUGCUGCGCUGCUCGCAGGCAUGAAUGCCAUCAAUCUGAAUCAGUUUGGUGGUGUACAGGGCGGCGAGGGUUACCUAAGCGACCACGGCGAUGCGCAGCGUGGACGUUCCCCGAGGGGUCGACGUGGCAGCAGCAAGCCGCCAGAGGACCCUACAGAUCUCCAGCUGCUGAAGGAUAUACCUGCGUGGCUGAGGAGCCUGCGCCUGCACAAGUACACUGAAAAUCUAAAGGAUUUGAAGUGGCAGGAGCUGAUCGAGCUGGACGACGAGGCUUUGGAGAAACGAGGUGUAAAUGCCUUAGGUGCUAGAAGGAAGAUGUUGAAGGUUUUCGAGCAGGUCAAGGAAAGUCAUCCGAACGGAACUUGAAUUGCUUCCCAAACCCCUGAUCGCCUAUGUCGAUAGAGGGGAGCUGUAAUCGUCUGUGUAUGUGCUCUGGCUGAUGGAUGUGAAACCCUCAUGCGAAUACGAUCACGGACUGGGCUCGACAGCAAGCAAAGCCUUGCUGUCGCAUCAAAUAGGAACACGCUCGUGGAAAGUAAUGUCACGAGCAAAGAAUGCUAGAUCUGUAAUGGGACACUAUGAGGAGUCGCUGACGUUUUAUCAGAUCGAUCAAAGCUAAAUGAUUGGUCUUAGUAUCUCAAUUUCUAUAUUUCUUUUCUCUCCUUCAUCUCUUGCUCUCUACCUCCGCAUUUGUGGCAAGGCUGCAUGGGCAUGGCGUCGUUCUUCUCGUGUUUAGGGAGUAGCCUCUAGUGUACUCGCAUGUGUAUUUACAGCCGUGUCUGCUGCAUCAUCAGAUGUCG